AUGACGGUCUUAUCAAUCUUAGUAGUGUCAUGUAUGGGCGACCUUUACAUGCAAGCGAACACAAUCUUGUGCGCGAAACUACGUCUCUGUUUACCUUUGGGAAGUGGCGAGUACUAUAGCUACAAAACAAUGGAUUUUUCUCUUUCCACCUAUUAUAAUGCCUUUGACGUGGAAAAGCAGUACGAUGUUGAUCUUUCCAAUGUGAAUGAUACCCUUCAGAGAGUGACAAACUCCCUAGCACAUAGUCCUGAUGCUAUAUGUCAAGAUGAGCAGCUUUUGGAAGAUUUGAUCGAUUUGCUGCAUUCAUUCCUUUCUCUCGACCUGAAACAGAGGAAGCAAGUGGCCUACUUGAUUUCCUCUUCAUUCAACAAUGCUUGCCACAACACGAAGCAGCUAUUGGACAUGGGCGAUUUCAUGGAUCUGAUUGAUAUACUCAAAGCAGUAUUAGAAAGAUUUGGUUACUUGAUUUUUGUGACACUAAGUUUCUUGGGAAAAGAGGAAUUUCCUGGUAGCGGUAAUCUGCGACUGAAGCAAUCUUCCGUUAACUGGAAAACCAAUUGCACUGAAGUUGAAGACGCGCUAGCUGCUAUUACAACUUGUCUUCAAUUGGACUUAUCAAAAAUCUUCGUGACAACUCCAGAAAAGAAUCAGUUUCUUGAAAUGUUCAUCCGCCCUAUCUUUCAUCUCAUGGAAUUACCUGACAGAAUGAAACUGAUAUCCAUCAAGGCUCUCAUGUUCCGUAACAUUGCAUUUUCUGUUACUCGGCAUUCGCUUGCAUCGGUUGUUCAGAACUUGAUUAUGCAAGCUCUUACAUACUAUCCACAUUUACCUCCUUACAUGGCUGAGCUCCUUUUUACGCUUAACUCUCAGUUUGACUAUCCCUCUUUGACGGAGGAUCUUCUUCGUGAAAUCAGUCAAUUGGAAUUCAAUUCCAAUGAUUCAAACGGCCCCAAGGCUGUCUCUGAGUUCUUGAUUAAACUCUCUGAAUUGAGUCCCAGAAUUAUUUUGAAGCAGAUGUCGUCUACCGCACAGCUCUUAGAUAACAGUAAUCAAUCACUACGUUGUUCUGUUGUCGAAACAUGUGGCAAUAUUGUUAUUGAUAUCUUGAAGUCUGAAGCACAGAAUCCUGAGUCCAUAGACGAACACAUGGAGCACCAGAAUAUGCAAAUCGAUGGUCUUCUAAAUUUAUUGGAAGAGAGAUUCUUAGAUCAAAAUCCAUUUGUGAGAACAAAAUCGAUUCAAGCGAUUACUAAAAUUUGCUCUUCAUCAGCAAGAAUACCUAAGAGACGGCAAGGAUUUAUGUUAAUAGCUGUUCGGUCUCUUGGUGACAAGAGCACUUUGGUUAGAAGAAAUGCAAUCAAGUUGAUGUGUAAACUCCUCUUGACACAUCCAUUUUCAGCUACCCAUGGUACUCAACUUACACAUUCAGUCUGGAGCGAACGACUAAAAGAAGCCGAAUCAGAGCUAAAUAAGUAUAUGCCGGUAACUUCGUAUACCAAGAAGAAAGAGGACGGGAAGGAUUCUGAUGACGACAAUGAAAACUCUCCAUCUGACUCUGACAUUGAUCAUGAAGAGUUGAACGAGUCAAUGAUGGAACAAGAGAGCCGUCUCCCAGAUAAAGCAACGCUCAUAAAGCUUAAGCUUACUGUUCAGUAUUACCAGGAUGCUAUCGAGUUCAUCGAAGCGAUAGAGGAAGGUACAUCCGUGGCAUCCUCCCUCUUGUUCUCUAAGAACAGAAAUGAAGUCUUGGAGGCAAUGGAUUUCCUUGUCCUUUCAGACGCAUAUGGUAUUGAAAACUCACAGAAAGGCAUCCGCCGUAUGCUUCACUUAGUUUGGAUGAAAGGUUCGUCGGAUGAAGGUAAAUCGAUAUCUUCUCACCUUAUUGAUUGCUACAAGCAGUUAUUUCUUACGGCACCACCGAAUGCUUCGGCUUCUCAAACUGCUAUACUCUUUGCAAAGAAUCUAAUUGGUUUAACCUUCUCUGCAUCAGUGGCAGACUUAGCAUCUUUGGAGAAACUCUUGUGUCUAUUAUACGAAGCAAAACUUAUUCACAAUGAAGUUAUAAAUGUGUUAUGGCACAUCUAUAAUAAGGCAGGACUGCAAGAACCCGAGUAUAAUGAGGCAAAUGUGCAUGGAGCUAUUAUUAUCUUAGGCAUGUUAUCUCUGUCUGAUGCUCUGAUUGUCCAAAGAGGCUUAGAUUCACUACUCAGAAUUGGUUUGGGUGACAUUGGAAAACAUGACUUACAGUUAUGUAAAUUUUCUUGUUCCACUUUACUGAAAGUCAUAAAACUGAAUACGAACACAGGCUCCGACUUCAAUACAAGUGGCGACCCCGUGGCUUACUUGCGAAAUAUCUUGUUAUUGUAUACUGAAAAUACCGAAUGGUAUGAAGUGGCAGAACAGGCAAUCACCGCUAUAUUCAAAAUCUCACCCGAUCCCAUUAAGGUAUGCACAGACUUUCUUAAAGUCAAAGCAGAGCAGGCAUUCGAAUGUGACAAUGAACAACAAUCACAAGCUAUUUUUCUUUCCCAGUUGUUUUUCAUUGUGGGCCAUAUCGGAAUUCAAACCAUUGAGUAUUUGGAAAAGCUUGAGACACUUUUCAAAAAAAAGAAGCACGAAGCUGAACGGAAACCAGAGGACAAAAAUGAGGAGGGUGAAAAUGAACUUGAGAUGAUUGGAGGAACAUCUGAAGAUGACUUCACGGAUGCUGUCAUAUACAUCAAGGAGAGGGAAUUGUUAUUUGGUGAUAAUUCUCUUUUGGCUAGGUUUGGACCUCUCGUGAAGGAAGUUUGCUCAAAUAACCACAUGUAUUCUGACGAAAUGUUGCAGAGAUCUGCUGUUUUAUGCUUGGGAAAGCUUAUGUGCAUCUCAUCAAAGUUUUGUGAAGAGAAUCUACCACUCUUCAUAACUAUUAUGGAAAAAUCAUCUGACCCAGUAAUUCGAAGUAAUUGUGUUUUAGGAUUGGGUGAUAUGGCGGUCUGUUUCAAUAAUCUUGUGGAUGAAAAUACCGAUUUCUUAUAUCGUCGGCUAACUGAUGAUAAUAUAAUGGUCCAAAGAACUUGUUUAAUGACAGUUACAUUUUUGAUUUUGGCUGGACAAGUAAAGGUUAAAGGCCAAUUAUCAUCAAUGGCGAAAUGUUUAGAACAUCCCGAUCAGAGCAUCAGUGAUAUGUGUCGCUUGUUUUUUUCAGAGUUGGCUACAAAAGACAAUGCGAUCUAUAAUGGCUUCAUUGACAUCUUUAGUGGGUUAUCCAGUGAUGCGGAAUUGUCGAAAGAUUCUAUGAAGAGAAUUAUUAAGUUCUUGGUCGGAUUUAUUGAUAAGGAGAAGCAUCAAAAGCAGCUUUCAGAGAAGCUUUUGGUAAGACUCACGAAGUGCCAGACUGAGUCUCAAUGGGAAGACGUGGCUUACGUCUUGAGCGCUAUACCUUACAAGAAUGACAGUAUCACCCAAGCCAUAGAAGGAGGUUACAAGAUGGUCCAGGCACGGGACUAA